GCCUUCUCAUUCGGACCUCCAACUCCAUGUCGACACCGCCUGACCGCGCCAUGAAAGCCUUCCGUCUCCGCAGCACUGAGUGAAGACGUGAUUGAGAAUGCGCAAACUGUGACCGCCGAGCCGGGCGCCUUCUCUGCCACCCACCACGAGAGAACGCGCCCUCCCUCCUCUCCUCCACGAUGCCUGCAAUCCGCCCUCGGGCCACCUUCGAGCCCAUCGCGCCCGACUUCGACCUCAAGGCGUUGGUGGAGUCGACGCCCAACUUCUCCUACGUCGAUCGCAUCUCCUGUGACAUGAUUGAUCAACAAGGCUUACCCGCAUUCGAGAAACUUAUCCUCUUGCAUGUCAUUAUCGGCGGGAAGCCGCUGGUCAUUGACGGCUUCGAAGAUCGCCUUGACCCCUGGACCUUCACGCCUCAGUGGCUACGAGACAACUGUGGCGAAAAGGCCGAGAAUGCGCGCAACCUCACGAGCAAGGAGAACCUACCCCUCACAAUGGGCCACUACUUGCGCAACAUGGGCAUGCUCACCAACCAAUUCUUCUCCAAACCCGGCGCACACAAAGAGCAGAAGCGGCAAAGAGUAUACUUGAAAGACAUCGACUGCCCGGAUGUGUGGCAGGACAAGCUCAGAGAACACAUUCCGAGCCUGCUCUUCUACCUGAACGAAAGCACGGGCGACUUUGGCGGCCCUGGCGCACAACCAGAUUCAAAUCGCAGGCUGGGCAAGGGAAUCGCACGUGCGGGCGAUCUGAUGAGCUCACUGCCGCCCGAUAUGCGCGCAGAGAAUCUAAUGUGCUACAUCGGACACGAAGGCACCUACACCCCAGCCCAUCGUGAAAUGUGCGCAAGUCUGGGACACAACAUCAUGGUCGAAGCAUCCUCCACCCUCCCUUCAUCCGCCGACGGCAAGCCUGAAAAGCCUGGCUCCUCAAUCUGGUUCAUGACCGAGUCGAAAGACCGCCAUACCGUGAGCGAGUACUGGCUCAGCGUGUUGGGUCAUGAUAUCGAGGUUGAGAACCAUUUCGCGCAGGUGGUGGCGUGGAAGAAGGCGCCGUUCACAGUGUACGUCGUCGAGCAGCGCCCUGGCGACUUCAUCUUGAUUCCUCCGUUAGCUCCACAUCAAGUGUGGAAUCGUGGCACCCGCACAAUGAAAGUGGCCUGGAAUCGCACCACCGUCGAGACCCUCGAGAUGGCGCUCAACGAAGCAUUGCCUCGAAGUCGCAUCGUAUGCCGUGACGAACAAUACAAGAACAAAGCCAUCAUCUACUACACCUUGCAGAAAUACAGCUCUCUGCUCGCCCUCGCUCUCAAAUCUGGAGAGCGUGUUCUGGCCACUCCAAAGGUCAAACAGCUCGCAAAAGACUUCAAGCGCUUGUUCAACCUCUACAAACAAAUCCUACUGUCCGAAAUGUUCAAUCCGGAAGACACACCCAAAGGCAUUGAAUACCUCCCAUUCGACUCCAACGUCACCUGCGCGUACUGCCGAGGCAACAUCUUCAACCGCUUCCUCACGUGUCCAUCGGCCGCGUGCAAAAACCUCCUCGGUCACACCAACGAAGCAGAGGGCGAUCCGUACGACGUGUGCAUAGAUUGCUACGCUAUGGGCCGAAGCUGUUCGUGCAUCAGCGGCUUGCGAUGGGUCGAGCAGUUUCGCUGGAAGGAGUUGGCGGCAAAGUACGACACUUGGCGGCAGAUGAUCAUCCAACUGGAUGGUGGCAACAUCACCGAGAAGAGCCGUCUCAGCCUGCCGGAAGAAAAGAAGCGGCUGGGCAAGAAGUCGUUGGCCGAGGUCUGCAAAGAGCAAUUGAAGAAGCGGCCGUGGAAGGACGUUCGCAAGGAUGUCGAGGAGGAGGAAAAGGACGAAAAUGAAGAGGAAGAAAUUAUUGUCGACGACAACGGAACUGUCAAGAAGAUUCAAAAGAAGCGAUCAAAGGCUUGGCUGAAGAACAACACCAACUGCCAUGUCUGCUGCAAACGCCACCCGAACUGGAAGAUGGCUCAAUGUACGACAUGUGACCGCAUGUGGUGUUAUGGCACGCUCUUCCGCGGCUGGGACAAAAUGCCCAUCACGAUCAUGGAGGACCCGAAGUGGAGCUGCCCACACUGUCUCGGUAUUUGCUUUGCUGGCGGAUGCAGACGGGAAGGAAAGAUGAAGCCCUACGAGCCAAAGGGCACACUGUUAGGUCACGACACGAAGAAGGUAGCAGAUGCGAGAUCCGUCGAAGCGCUCGUGGAUUUCAGCGUGAGCAAUCUGAACUGGCUGAAGGAUGAUCGCAUCGAGCCGGGAACGCCAUUGCGGCGGGCUGGUGAAGAGGCAAAGAAGACGAAGGAGAUUGAGCCUACCCUGGAUGGCGAUGCAGACGAGAGUGGUGUGGUGGAGUUUGAAGAUGGCACUCCAGACCUGGCCACGCCUAUCGACCCCGCGCUUUCUGGAGCUGCGGCAGGCGCCGAGGCUUACGACGAGGAGGCUUCGCUCGCUCACAGGCUACAGCAGGCGAACGCGAGCAUGGAAGCUGUCUCUCCACCCAGCGGCAUGCGCGGUUCAGCGCCCGAAGGCUACGCUCCUGUCAAUCACGGCGGAUACGUUCCACCCGCAGCAAACAUGUAUCCCCAACCCGAUGAGCAAACCAGCUACAGCUACCCUACCUACACACAACCAGCGCCAGUGACCGACGACAGUAAUCAGGACCCACUGAUAGCUGGACUGCGCCCGUUCAAGCGCCCGCGGCCCGAAGACGACGAUGAGGAUGGCACCAUCAGCAUGAAGCAGGGCAAGAACAAGGUCCCACGACUGUCCGCCGCAGGCUUCAGAUCGAGCGAUCUUGGCACAAGCGAGCUAGCUACUACUGCAUUGAGAGCGAAUAAAAGCGAAGCGCAGCGGCAAUUUGAAAAGGAGAAAGAGCGCCAGGCAGUGGAAAAGGCCAAGUCCGAUGGCCGCUUCAUCAUGCUGCAAGCCGCGUUGAAAGGGAAACGCAGGAUCGUCAAACUACCCAUCGAUCCGCAAAAACUGCGACAAGUCUCGGCACAGCAAGCAGCCCGAGCGGCCCUCGAUGCCGGCAAGGUGGAACACGAGGCUGAAGCGGGCGAUGGCGCUGCGCAGCAACUUGAGGCAGAGCUUGAAGACGAUGCCGACACCAUUCUCCUGAAGAGCGAUAUCGCGCCCAAGAAAGCCCGCGACCAGAAAGCGUACUACCAGCAGCGACAAAAGGAAGGCUACGUCAUCAGCAGCGCAAGCAAGAAGGCCCUCAUCCCGGUUGAAAAGGACGGCAGUUACCGCGGAGACGGCAAGGCGAAGCCAAAAGGCAAACCCGGCGACGGGGCAGCGGAGAGGAAGAAGCCUGCAAGACGAAGUGCGGCGCACGUCGAGUACGAAGAGGUGGAUAUCGGCAGUGAAGAAGACGAGCCUGGUGUUCGCGGGACCGCGCCUUCGGUAUCGAAGACUGCCGCACGAGACCGCCGGAGCUUGCCUUCUUAUCUGCAGAGCAAGGAUGAAGGUGGUGCGGAGGAGGAUGCAGAGGACUUUGCCGAUGUUGAUUCCCUCGUGCCGCAACAAGUGCAGCGCGAUUUUCCCACCUUUGCUGCCGUCAAUCGCCCGGUUUCUAAUGGCACGCCGGCGAAACUUAAGCCGGUGUCUUCUCAAGCGAACAGCGAGGCACAGCGGCGACGCAGGAUGGAGGAGGAGAAUCGAUUGGCGAAGCUGCAGGCGCUGGAGUCGGUGACGGGAUCGAAGUAUAGCAAUGGUUUUUGAGUGCGGUGAUUGAGAAGGCAUUGGUAGCAUGGCGACGGAGGUGGAAGUGGAUU